AGUGCGGAAGGAGAUCCUGGGGCUGGGGUCGCGGAACCGGCCUCGCGGUCCUGGCUGGAGAUGGAGUUCGACUGCGAGGCUCUCCGGCGACUCCUUGGCAAGUACAAGUUCAGGGAUUUAACUGUGGAAGAACUGAAGAACGUAAACAUGUUUUUCCCACAUUUCAGAUAUUCCAUGGAUACCUAUGUUUUCAAAGAUAGUUCCCAGAAAGACCUACUGAAUUUCACUGGUACUAUUCCUGUGAUAUAUCAGGGUAAUACAUAUAACAUACCUAUUCGUUUGUGGAUUUUGGAUUCUCACCCUUUUGCUCCCCCCAUUUGCUUCUUAAAACCAACUGCAAAUAUGGGAAUCUUAGUUGGAAAGCAUGUGGAUGCUCAAGGCAGAAUAUACCUGCCCUAUCUCCAAAACUGGAGCCAUCCUAAAUCUAUCAUUGUUGGAUUAAUUAAAGAAAUGAUUGCCAAAUUUCAAGAGGAACUUCCCCUGUAUUCUCUGUCAUCAUCUGACGAGGCACGGCAGAUAGACUUGCUAGCCUAUAUUGCAAAAAUCACUGAAGGUGUCUCAGACAUAAAUUCAAAGAACUGGGCAAAUCGUGAGAAUAAAACAGUCAAUAAAAUUACUGUGGUUGGAGGUGGAGAACUGGGAAUUGCCUGCACGUUAGCAAUUUCAGCCAAAGGCAUUGCAGACAAAGUGGUCCUUUUAGACUUCUCAGAAGGGACUAAAGGAGGGAUGAUGGACCUUGACAUCUUCAACCUGCCUAAUGUGGAAAUCAGCAAAGAUUUGUCUGCCUCUGCUCAUUCCAAGGUGGUGAUCUUCACAGUCAACUCUCUGGGUAGUUCUCAGUCCUACCUCGAUGUGGUGCAGAGCAAUGUGGACAUGUUCAGAGCUCUUGUCCCAGCUCUGGGACAUUAUAGUCAGCAUGGCAUCCUGCUUGUUGCAUCUCAACCAGUGGAAAUCAUGACCUAUGUGACUUGGAAACUGAGUGCAUUUCCUGCAAACCGAGUGAUUGGAAUUGGGUGCAAUCUGGAUUCACAGAGAUUACAAUAUAUUAUUACACAUGUCUUGAAGGCACAGACUUCAGGAAAAGAAGUAUGGGUUAUCGGUGAGCAGGGAGAAGACAAAGUGCCCAUAUGGAGUGGCCAAGAGGAAGUAACAAAUCAGGACUCUCAGAUGCAGCUGUCCAACAGGGCCAUGGAACUACUAAGGGUAAAAGGUCAAAGAUCAUGGUCUGUUGGACUAUCAGUAGCUGACCUGCUUGACAGUAUUGUGAAUGAUAAAAAGAAAGUACAUUCUGUAUCAGUUUUAGCAAAGGGAUAUUAUGAUAUAAAUAGUGAAGUGUUUUUAAGUUUGCCUUGCAUCCUUGGAACGAGUGGAGUGUCUGAAGUCAUCAAGACCACAGUGAAAGAAGAAACAGUGACUGAGAAACUCCAGAGCAGUGCGACCUCCAUCCAUGGUCUCCAGCAACAGUUAAAACUCUGAUUCUAAAGUUCAGAGUUAUCUGAAAGGAAAGGUUAAUUUUACCAACGCAUAUAUAUGGGGUGGAGAACUUCUCUAUCUUAUUUAUCCUUACAAACUGCUUGAUUAAGGUCGGUGGUUCUUGGUUGGCUUUGUAAUUUAAAUCCUUAGGUAGUUAGAUAAGAAGGAAAAAAAAUCUAAUUUUCUCUGUUCUUGACAUUAUCUAUACUGUUCUUUAAACCUAAGCAGAGAUAAACAUUCAUCUGCAAUAUGCAUCAUUUAAAAAUUAUGUAUCCUCAAUUAGCACAUUCAGCACUUUGGGAAUACUUUAAAAAUCAUAACUUUUUAAAAGAAAAUUACCCUUUAACUGUUAAACGUCAUAAGCUGAAGGCCCAGUAUGUCUGUAUUUAAAAUCUGUGCUAGCUCUACAUUCAAA